AUGAAGAACGAACCGUUAGUUCAGGACAUUAUUGGGUUCCUGCGUCAAAGCAUUGUCGACGGAACCGUGUCCAGUGACGAUAAAGAGUCACUUGAAGUUGCGAUUGAAUGUAUUGCUGAUUCGUUUGGCGUGGAAGCACCGGAGGCGUCUAAUGCCCUUCUAGAAGUAUACUCCGGUGCUGCCCCUAAACGUGCCACCAGCUCACAAGAGGACGUCACGUUCAAGACAGUUGACAUGCCCGUCGAUGUUUCAGUUGAGGUCUCUGAGGAGGAUAUUGCGGCAGCAGACCAAUUAAAGCUCGAGGGAAACCGUUUCAUGGCUCAAAAGAACUUUGCCCAGGCUAUCGACUCGUAUUCUCAAGCUAUUGCUAAGAAUCCCACAAAUGCUCUUUACUAUUCAAACCGUUCUGCUGCUUAUAGCCAAGCAAACCAAGCCCAGCGCGCUGUGGAGGACGCCCAACGCGCUGUUGAGCUCGACCCUACCUAUGCCAAAGGUUACUCUCGUUUGGGUCUGGCUCUUUAUUCCGUUGGUAACCUUGAGGGUUCUCUUAAAGCUUACGAGGAAGGCCUUCUUGUUGAAGGUGAUAACACUAGUGAGGGUAUGCGUCGGGGCUACGAUACCGUCAAGAAGCGAAUUGAGGAGACUCGCAGUGGCUCUGUGACCCCCCGUUCUAGUACUAUGCCUGAGACACCUACCCAGAGCACUGAAGCGGCCAGCUCAGAAGGUGCCGGCGGCUUCUUUGGAGGUAUGCCCAGUUGGGGUAGUUUGGGUGAGCUCAUGAACAAUCCUGAGAUCAAAAGAAUGGCCCAGAAUCUCAUGUCGAACCCCUCGGCGAUGAAUGAGAUCUUGAAUAACCCCACCGCUCAGAAGGUUCGCGAAAGUUUCGCAAACGGAAAGGGUCCCAAUUUUUCAGAGCUCAUGAGCGAUCCUAACAUUUCAAACCUUAUGAACAACUAUAUGAACCCCGGUGGAAAGCAGUAG